AUGAAUCUGCUGAAACUGACAAUCCUGCCGCUGAUUGUUUGUUCGCUGAUUGCUGGUGCGUUUGUAGAGACCUGAUGGACCUGAUCCAGUGGCAAAAAAUUUACAAUUUUACAUCCGGGAAAUACCACAAAAUGUGGCAAAAUUCCUCCCCUCCAAGUGAAAAAACUCCGAUUUCAAAAGACUCUUUUUGUGAGGGAAAGGGCGCGCGCCUUCAAGACGGAGUUUUUUUUGUUGGAGAGUGCCACAUUUUGCCACAUUUUUUGAUACUUCCCGGAUGCAAAAAUUAUACGUUUUUUGCCACUGGAUCAUUUCCGUCGCUGUAAAUUUAAAAAUUGGGAAACAAUAAUGAAAAUUUUUGAUAUUCAGGUAUGGCUCAACUGGACCCCAAGCAGUCACGGAGGAUGGUCUUCUUGUCAAUGACGUACUUUCUGACAACGACGUUUAUGGCUGUCAUUGUAGGUUCAAUCAGUAUUUUUUGAAUUGUUUGGAAGCAUUGAAUCCAAUACUACCUUAUAGUUAGCAAAAUGAUGACAUAACAAUAGAUACCUUCUACAAUUUUUCAGCUCGGAAUCAUCCUUGUUCUCACAAUUCAUCCGGGUGACCCGACUAUUCGAAGAAACGCCGUUACCGGAUCAACCACCAGGGCUAUCAACACUGUUGACACAUUUCUCGAUAUCAUCAGGUAGCACUGCAUUCAUACACCUUGUAUGAUCUCGCUGUUUUAGAAACAUGUUCCCAGAAAACAUGAUCAAAGCCGCUUUCGAGCAGACCCAAACCAAGUAUGUCAAGGUGCGACCCAAAAGUAUCAAACAAAAUGAUUCGCUGAACAUACGAAAAUGGAAGAAUGGAGAGUUCGAUUAUAUGAGGCCAGAGCUGGAGAACACCAGUGGGAUGAAUUGUCUGGGUAAGGAGGCGUUUUUAAAAUACGUUGUAGGUCAUUUUGCAUUUGCAAAACAUAAAAUAUUUGAUUACAAAUAGCGAAAGCUGCAAUUUGGAAUAUGGCUUUUUAAAGGCUUCGCGAAAAACACGAAGAUUUUGGCGUCUGAUUUAAGCAAGUUGAGAGGCAGAAGAUGAACACUCUGUUUUUUCAUGUAGUACAGUAUUUUUACAAUUAUUUUUUGACACUGAUAUGCAUGGUAGGUUUAUAUGGUAUGACAAAAACAUUUUUCCUAUGACCCUCUUUCAUCAACCUCCACGUAUCAGUAUGUCGGGAAAAUAACGAGCAUUCUGUCGCACCGACAAAAUCAUUUUUUCUAUGAGCCUUUCUCCUUACUUCAAAAAAUAUUGUAGUAACUUAUCAGCGUGGAGAAAAUAAUGAGUGGAAUACCGUUGAGCCAAUCGCUUCGCUGAAGUGAAAAAUUCUUAAAAUUUGAUGUACCCGCGACAAGUUUAUUUCUGUCAGCGUGCCCAUUAUUUUCCCGAUAGAUUGAUAUAACAAAAUACCUUAUGUACAUAGGCAUUCCCCUAUGAAAAGCGAUUUUUUAAAAUACGGUGAUAACUUUUUUGCGUUGUGUUAUCAUACAUUUUUCAGUAUAAAAACAGCCUCUUCUUUCAGGAGUGAUUGUGAUGUCGAUGGGCUUUGGCAUCGUCCUCAGUAUCCCGCGUUCCGAAACGAAGCCAGUCGUGGAGUUUUUCAAAGGCAUGGACAAAGUUAUGAUGGCGUUGGUCAACUACGUCAUGCUGUAAGAAUCUUAAUUUCCCCCCACAAAAUGUCUCAUUGCUUUAGCUACUCUCCCAUUGGAAUCAUGUCACUGGUUGUCGCAAAAAUCUUGGAUAUUGAAGACCUCUCGGAGACCGGGAAAAUGUUAGCCAUGUACAUGGUUACUGUCAUUGUCGGCCUUAUAAUUCAUGGAGUUUUUACUUUACCCACGAUCUACGCUGUGUUGGUCAAAAAGAAUCCAUUUACGUUUAUGCGAGGCCUAAUCCAAGCCUGGGCAACGGCGCUGGGAACCGGCUCGAGUUCAGCAACAUUACCCAUGACUUUCAAGUGCUUGGAAGAGAAUAAUGGCGUAGAUAAGAGAGUUACAAGAUUUGUGCUGCCAGUUGGAGCUACUAUUAACAUGGUAAGGGAGUUUGAGAGAAUUUUGAAUCCAAGUUGCUCGUUUUAGGAUGGCACAGCGCUUUACGAAGCGGUCGCUGCAAUUUUUAUUGCGCAAGUUAAUGGAAUCGAAUUGGGAUUGGGACAAGUGAUCACUGUGUGGUAAGUGAAGGGCCAAGAGGUGAAGUUUGGGGCUAGCAAUUUACAGGGUCUUUCAAUAAACGUGAAGGAAAGUUGGAGGCCAUAACUUUUGGCGGAAGCGGCGCUGAGACUUCGUUUUUGGAAUAUGUAAUUUUUAGCGACAUUAAUUUUUGCCCAUGAAAUCACAAGAUUUUAAAGUGCCUAUGACCCUGUAUACAAAGUUUUUCCCUACAAUUUACAAGCUUUUCUGGAUUUUUUUCACUGAAAGCAUAUUCACGUUGUUAACGGCUUCGUUUUAUCGAGCCGACGAAGCCACCGUACACGGUAACCCUAAAAACACACUAAAAAUUACUCUGUUUACUCCUUGGAUCCCCGGCGUUGCCGUGUCGAAGAUCCGUAAGAGUAGUGUCAAAUUUUGACCAACUCUCCGCUAAAGCAAAGUCAAGGCUCCAUUAAGAGUCCGUUGAGAGUUCGUUGAAUGGUUAUAACCGAGGCUUUGCAGGGUUUUCUCUAGAGACAAAUUGGCUAAUUGUUUUGAUUCUCAGAAGAGUGACAGAAGUGUCUUACAGGCAAACCCGCGUAGGUUUAUAAAGUUAGGUGGCCUUAACAUGUUCAAAAUUUACUUUAACCAAAGUCCAAAGCCAGUUACUCCUAUAUCUUUAGUCUAACCGCUACACUGGCCUCAAUUGGAGCCGCCGCAGUUCCCUCCGCCGGCCUUGUCACCAUGCUGUUGGUCCUCGGAGCGGUUGGGCUUCCAUUGGACGACGUCUCAUUGAUCGUAGCCGUUGACUGGCUUCUAGAUCGGCUUCGGACUUCCAUCAACGUACUUGGCGACGCAUUUGGCGCUGGGAUUGUUCAUCAUUACGUCAAAGAUCAGUUGGAGAGAAAUGAUUCAAAGAAAAAAAGAGAAAGCCCCAGCAAACCGAACAACUCUUUCGAGCCGGAAAGUGAGUCGUGAGUAAAAUACGACAUUUAUUUUGUUUUUAUUUGAACUAAAAUUUGAUUUUCAGGUGCAUUGUUAACCUAUGAAAAAGUGGAUAAGGAAAAGACCCUGAACGGAGAUGUCCCUACGAUAAUUUAA